CCAAUCUAACUACACAAUUCCAUCUAUUUUAUCCAAAGAAUAACUAAGAAAGACCAAUAUGGAAUCUCUAAGAGGCCAAGAACAGAUAUGGCAACUCAUGUUCAGCUUUGUCGACUCCAUGGCCUUGAAAUGCGCCAUCGAGCUUCGCAUUGCUGACAUCAUUCACUCUCAUGGCAAACCUAUAACUCUCUCCCAAAUAGCGUCUGGCAUUCGAUCAAACUCCAACUCCUCCAUAUCUCCGAAUAUUCCUUACCUCUCUCGCAUCAUGAGAUUUCUAGUUCGAAAGAAUAUCUUCACUGAACAUCAAGAAGAUAAUGAUGAGGUGAUCUCAUUGUACGGGCUAAGUGAUAGCUCGAGAUGGCUGUUGCGGGAUUUUAAGUCAAGCCUGGCUCCCAUGGUGCUCAUGCAGACUCAUCCAUUGUCGAUGGCGGUGUGGCAUUUCCUUGAGGAUUAUGUGAGAAACAGCAGCAACACUUUCGAAAAGGCUCACGGUUGUAACAUUUGGGAGUUUUCCUCAGCCAAUCCAGAAUUCAACAAGAUCUUCAACAAUGCCAUGGCGAGUAUUGUGCCAAUAUACAUGGGGGCUAUGCUUUCAAGUUAUAAGGAUGGUCUUGGUUGUAUUAAAGGAACAGUGGUGGACGUCGGGGGUGGUACGGGCGGCUCCAUAUCAGAGCUUAUGAAAUAUUAUCCAAACAUCAAAGGGAUUAACUUUGACCUGCCACAUGUGAUUGCAACAGCACCGGCAUUGGAUGGUGUUACCCAUAUUAGUGGUGACAUAUUCGAGUCAAUUCCUAGUGCUGAUGCGGUUUUAAUGAAGGGUGUACUACAUUGCUUCAGCGAUGAAAAAUGUGUAAAAGUAUUGAGAAAUUGUCGAAAAGCAAUAACAGACAAAAAGAAUGGGAAGAUUAUCAUUUUGGAGAUUGUGUUGGACCCAACCAGCAAUCAAAUAUUUGACGAGACUCGAAUGGUGUACGAUUUAUUGAUUCCACUCUUUAGUGGUGGAAAAGAGAGAACUGAGCUUGAAUGGAAAAGGCUAUUAAACGAGGCUGGUUUUACUUGUAUCAAAAUCACCAAAAUUCCAAUUAUACCUGCUAUUAUUGAGGCCUUUCUAGUGUGACAACAUCGAUCUAUCUAUAUAUAUAUAAACUAGGUUAUGUUGCUUUCAACAAUAAGUUCCCUACGUACUGUUACGGUUAUGUAUGGUUUGCUGUGAUUAAUAUAAUAUGUUGGUAAUAAUACGACUCUUUAGUAA